CACCAAUUUGAUGAACAUGCCCUGUUUAAUGUUUUAACUCUUGAUGUCUAUUUAACCAUUUCAGAGAUAGCAUGUUGGGUGGUAACUGGAGAAAGGCAAGCAACUAGAAUAAAAUGCUUAUACCUGAAAACAAUCCUAAGACAAGAUAUUGGAUUCUUUGAUACUCAAUCGGCAACAGGGGAAGUUAUUGAAAGAAUAUCGGGAGACACUAUUCUAGUUCAAGAAGCCAUGGGUGACAAGGUUGCGAAUUUCAUUAUGAACAUCUCAACUUUCAUUGGAGGAUUUGUAGUCGCGUUUAUCAAAGGAUGGCUCCUCACACUAGUGUUACUCACAUCCAUACCUGCAACCGCAAUUAGUUUUGGAUGUGUGGCAUUAGUCUUGUCCAAAAUGUCAGGGAGUGGACAAGUUGCUUAUGCAGAUGCAGGAAAGGUGGUUGAACAAACAGUGGGAGGAAUCCGAACGGUUGCUUCUUUCACAGGAGAGAAGUUAGCAAUAGAAGAUUAUAACAGUAAGCUGGAAAGUGCUUAUAGUGCUACUGUCAAACAAGCGUUGGCUUCGGGACUUGGACUUGGCACAAUACUAACGCUUAUCUUCUUUAGUUAUGGACUUGCCAUAUGGUAUGGAGCCAAAUUAAUCAUAGAGAAAGAUUACAAAGGUGGCGAUAUCAUAAGUGUAAUUUUUGCAGUUAUGUUAGGUGGAAGUUCACUAGGUCAAGCAUCUCCAAGUUUGAAUGCAUUUUCGGCAGGGCAGGCAGCAGCAUACAAGAUAUUCGAGACAAUUAAACGUACACCAAAAAUUGAUCCAUAUGAUCCUAGUGGGAUUAAAUUGGAAGAUAUUAAAGGAGAAAUUGAGCUUAAAGAUGUGUAUUUUAAGUAUCCAGCAAGACCAGAUGUGCAAAUAUUUUCUGGAUUCAAGUUAUAUAUUCCAAGUGGUAAAACAGCAGCCUUAGUCGGGCAAAGUGGAAGUGGAAAAUCAACUGUUAUUAGUCUGCUAGAGAGAUUCUAUGAUCCCGAAGCUGGUGAAAUACUUAUAGACGGAGUUGAUAUUAAGAAAUUUCAACUCAAGUGGUUGAGACAACAAAUGGGGCUAGUAAGUCAAGAACCUGUGUUAUUUGCGACUACUAUACGGGAAAAUAUACUAUAUGGGAAAGAAAAAGCUAGUGAAGAGGAGAUCAGGAAUGCGAUCCAGCUCGCUAACGCAGCUAAAUUUAUUGACAAGCUUCCGAAGGGGCUGGACACGAUGGUUGGUGGGCACGGUACUCAGAUAUCUGGUGGGCAAAAGCAAAGAAUUGCCAUUGCAAGGGCUAUUUUGAAAGAUCCAAGAAUUCUUCUACUUGACGAAGCGACUAGUGCAUUGGAUGUGGAAUCAGAACGCAUUGUACAAGAUGCUCUAAGUAAUAUAAUGAUAAAUAGGACGACUGUGGUUGUUGCCCAUCGCCUGACAACCAUUAGAAAUGCUGAUCUCAUUGCCGUUGUGCAUCUUGGGAAAUUGGUUGAACAAGGAACGCAUGAUGAGUUGAUCAAAGAUCCUGAAGGAGCAUAUUCUCAACUUGUUCAAAUGCAGCAAAAGACUAAGCAUGUCGAAAACACCAAAGGAAAAGAAAUCGAGGACUUGAACGCACAAAAACGUUUGAGUUAUUCGAAGAAUGUUUCUAGUAGGAGUAGGAGAUUCUCUCUUUCAGGUCGGAAGUCUGCGAGCAAAGGAUCAAGCAGUAAAUUUUCCUUUGCAUAUGACUUGGGAGUUUCUGGUGUCGUUGAUUUCCAUGAAAGUAUCCGAAGGGAAGAUGGAGCUGGAACCAGUGAGUAUAUUGCAGAUACUACGAAAAAAGUCUCCACUCAAAAGCUAAUGUCACUCGCAUACUUAAAUAAGCCUGAACUUCCCAUAAUGCUAGUGGGAACCGUAGCUGCUGCUAUAAAUGGUAUGGUUUUCCCUGUAUUUGGUCUUCUGGUAUCAACAAUUAUCAAAAUCUUUUACGAAUCUCACCAUGAACUUCGAAAGGAUUCUCGAUUUUGGGCUCUAAUGUUUGUGGUUAUUGGAAUUGUUGUCAUGAUUGUUUCACCUUUGCAAAAUUAUGCAUUUGGAGUUGCUGGUGCAAAACUGAUCCAACGAAUACGUUCCAUGACAUUCUCUAAGUUGGUGUACCAAGAAAUUAGUUGGUUUGACGACCCUGCAAACUCAUGUGGUGCUAUAGGUGCAAGACUAUCUAGUGAUGCUUCGACUAUCCGGAAUAUGGUGGGGGAUGCAUUAGCAACAUUAGUUCAAAAUAUUUCCACUAUUGUAACUGGUUUAGUGAUAGCUCUUAUCGCGAAUUGGAUUCUUGCACUUAUAACCAUUGCUAUAAUGCCUCUUCUGGCUUUGCAAGGGUAUAUACAGAUCAAACUUUUGCAAGAAUCAAAUGAUGAAGCCAAGGUAAUGAAUGAAGAAGCAAGUCAAGUUGCAAAUGAUGCUAUUGGGAGCAUUAGAACUGUUGCAUCAUUUUGUGCGGAAGAAAAAGUGAUGGAAAUGUAUCAAAAGAAAUCAGAAGCUCCUUUGAAACGAGGAGUGAAAAACGGAUUAGUUAGUGGAGUUGGUUUAGGCUUUAGUAAUUUCGUGUUGUACUGCCUUUAUGCGUUAGUAUUCUACCUUGGAGCCGUUCUUGUGAAGCAUGACAAAGCGAAAUUCUCAGAAGUUUUUAAGGUCUUUUUUGCUUUAACGAUGGCAUCAAUUGGGCUUUCUGUUCUUAGCAACCUUCCCUCUGAUCUGAGUAAAGGUAAAGGAGCUGCUGCUUCAAUAUUCGAAAUACUCGACAGCAAACCGAGAAUUGAUUCU